AUAUGAAGAUGGAUAUGGGGGGGUGCGGGGAGGAGGGGGCUCUUCUGGCUCCACACAGGCUGCCAUAACGCGGCUAAGCUCAUCCAGCAGGAGCAUCCUAACACUCAGAUUUGACGCUAAAAUAAACCGUUGCACGUUUUGACCACAUUUUUUUCUUCGUCUUGCCCUUUCCUCUCUCCUUCAUCUCCAAAGCCGCAUCCCGCGUGUGCAUACGGAACCACUUCAGCACCAUCAUCCUCUCCAGCCGACUGAGGCGAGGUCAUGUUGCACGGUUCCCAAAGUUCUGACCCAUCUUAAUACCGUGCCCGUCACUCCUUCUGCAACCCAAAGCUGAAAAGAUGUGAGCUAUGUUGCAAUAAGCCUUGGGGGAAAGAAGAAAAAAAAAAAGUUGGAACGCUUUGCUGCUAUGGACACACAGCUCCACUGAUACUGAGACUGACCCAGCUUUUUUUGGACAUAGACGAUGGUGUUGUUUCUGAUCGGGAUCUCUGCAGCCAUCAACAUCUCAACUCAUGGCAACCAAACGGCAGGGAGUCCCACCCACCAGGGUGCUCACGUGCUGCCCUCCACACUGAUUUUAUCUCUUGUUCUCAUCUUUAUCAUCCUGCUGACCAUCUACUGCCUCAGGUUCAAGAACCACAGGAAAGCUCUGGUUACCUCUGUGGAUAAAAAGCUUCCAAAUGGCUUCCUGGAGGAACAAGGAGAGCAAAGAGUGGUCCUCCUCCCCAGAUCCCCCUCGCCCUCCAAGAGGUACUUUGCCAUCCCGCUGGACGCGCUGGAGGAGGAAUAUCGCGUGCGCUCGGCCGACGACGGCAAGCUCUUCCGAGAGGAGUUCAACUCGCUGCCGUGUUACUACCACCACGGGUCCUUUGAGGAGGCCAGCAAGGAGCACAACAGAGACAAAAACAGAUACCCCAACAUUUUACCAUAUGACCAUUCGAGGGUGGUCUUGAGCAGUCACAACGGCCACUUGUGCUCAGACUACAUCAACGCAUCUUACAUAGACGGGUUUAGGCAAAAGAAGAAAUUCAUUGCUGCUCAAGGUCCCAAGUUGGAGACGGUAGCCGACUUCUGGCGGAUGAUUUGGGAGCAGAAGACUGCAACUAUUGUGAUGCUGACCAAUCUAAAAGAAAGGAAAGAGGACAAAUGCUUCCAGUAUUGGCCCGAAAAAGGCUGCUGGAUGUACGGCAACAUCAGGGUGGCCGCGGAGGACGUCACCGUUCUGGUGGACUACACCGUUCGCAAAUUCUGCAUUCAGUAUCAGGGCAGUGAUGGGCCCCGGGCCCCGUGCCUGGUCACUCAGCUCCAUUUUACCAGCUGGCCAGACUUCGGGGUGCCGUUCUCGCCCAUCGGCAUGCUGAAAUUCCUCAAGAAGGUCAAGGCUGUCAACCCGUCCUACGCCGGACCCAUUGUGGUGCACUGCAGCGCGGGGGUGGGGAGGACGGGCACCUUCAUUGUCAUUGACAGCAUGAUCGACAUGAUGCACACGGAGCAGAGGGUGGACGUCUUCGGCUUUGUGAGCAGAAUACGAGAGCAGCGCUGUCAACUCAUCCAAACCGAUAUGCAGUACUCCUUCAUCUACCAGGCCUUGUUGGAGUACUACCUAUACGGAGACACGGAGCUGGACGUGUGCUCUCUUGAGGGACAUCUGCACAGGCUUCACAACACCAGGGCCCCCCAUGACAGACUGGGCCUGGAGGAGGAGUUCCGGAAGCUGACCAACGUGCGCAUAAUGAAGGAGAACAUGAGAACGGGGAACCUCCCAGCCAACAUGAAGAAGAACCGCGUGCUUCAGAUCAUCCCAUACGAUUUCAACCGAGUCAUACUUUCAGUGAAACGAGGGCAGGAGUUCACCGACUACAUCAAUGCCUCCUUUAUUGACGGCUACAGGCAGAAGGACUAUUUCAUCGCAACCCAGGCCCCCCUGUCUCACACGGCGGAGGACUUCUGGAGGAUGGUGUGGGAGUGGAGGUGCCACUCGAUCGUUAUGCUGACUGAACUUAAGGAGAGGGAGCAGGAAAAGUGUUUCCAGUAUUGGCCAUCAGAGGGCAGUGUGACAUUUGGAGACUACACGGUGGAGCUGAGCGGAGACUCGCAGGGCGAAAUGUUCACUCUCAAAGACUUGGUCCUCACUUGCAGACCGGAGAACCGGUCCCAACACGUCCGACAUUUCCACUUCCACGGAUGGCCCGAGAUUGGAAUACCGGCGGAGGGCCGAGGGAUGAUUGACAUCAUCGCCUCGGUGCAGAGGCAGCAGCAGCAGUCUGGAAACCGUCCCAUCGUGGUGCACUGCAGUGCCGGCGCGGGCCGGACGGGGACUUUCAUCGCCCUCAGCAACAUUCUGGAACGCGUGAAGGCGGAAGGCCUGCUGGACGUCUUCCAGACCGUCAAGAGUUUACGCACGCAGCGGCCGCAUAUGGUGCAGACCGUGGAGCAGUACGACUUCUGCUACCGAGUGGUGCAGGAUUUUGUUGACAUCUUCUCAGACUACGCCAACUUUAAAUAACCUGCUCCUUCUACCGUUUGCUUAACUUAUGCAAUUAACUUUUCUUUGGGGGGGGUAUUGAAUGUACAUUUUCUAAAGUUUUACAUUUUGUAUCAUACUGUAAUAUGGAAAAACAUAUCUGUCAUUUUUGCGGGAGCCUUUUAGUCUUUUAUUUUAUUUGAAAAUGUUCGCUCAGUAUGUUAUAAUAAGUAGAGUAACGUGAUGUUAAUACAAUGGUGCCUUGAGAUAGCGGUGACCCCGCAUGUGAGAGAAUCUGCUACCUUAAUGCUAAUGUAGAAUGGCAAAAGCCGUAGACAGGCUAGCUCGUGUUCACACUUUAUGAAACUAUUUGAACACAGACAAUGCAGCAACACAUGUACGCAUAUAUUCUUUAUCCUCUGCGAGAAACUACAAAUGCAGUUUGCUUGUCUCUAUUGCAAGAUCGUAUUUAUUUAUUUUUUAUGAACUGCAAUAUUUUUAACGCUAUUUCGCUUCCUAAAGGUGUUUUAAGUUACAGCAUGGUCACGUAACAAAAUUCAACUCGGAUCUCAAGGCACCUCUGUAUACAGAAUAUUUGAAUAUUGAAGAAAGUUCCUAUUCCUAUUAGGUGAGAUGUAGCUUUAUUCGUCGAUAUUGACUUCCUACCUAAAAUGCUUUGUCAACUCCUUCUGCUUUACUCUUUAUUGAACCGCAAUGCCUUUUCUUUAAACGCGUACGUAGAUUUGCAGCAAAUACGUUCAAAUGUGUUUGUAGGUUUCAUCCGGGACCUUCUUUCUAAUCCCCAACAAUGCAACGUGCAUUCAACUCUGUCGCUGAAAGUCGGUCUCAAAUGAAUAAGUUAGCGUCGGCUGUCUGUUGUGGUUUGAUUCGACGUGGCCAACUGUCUUUUCUUGCCCGUGGCCAUGUUACUUAGUGCUCGUGUGCCUGACGCUGCAAAAUGCCAUUAACCCAUAUUGAAAAUAACGUCUAAUCACUCCCAGAAAAAACAUGUCAUUCAAACAUGUUUUUUCUCCUCCGGCUGCCAAGUAUCAUAUUCCGCUUUUUUUCACUUGAACACACUUGCCAUUUCCCCGGCAUGCAUGUUUGAUUAGAGGCGCCGAAAAAACACUUCUAAUCGUGAAAUAUUUGUCACCGAGUGACACGGUGUUUAGUUUUUAACGACGACCGGAUGACAUGUUGAACUUUCUCUGCUUUUAAAUCUGCAGUUUUAAUAGUUAAGCAAGCAUGUAGUAUGGAUGAUCUUUUCGGUGAAUAAUUUAGCGACUAUUAUGACGGAUGCGCUUGAUAUCGGACAAACAAGGGUUUUGCUCUUUGUACUAUUGCAUUUCUAGGUAAGUCAUUUUGUCUUGUGCUCGUCACAAAGCUUUAAGUUCUAUAUUUCGGCGUCUACAUAAUUGUAAUAGUUUGGAGGCCUUGUAAGCUGCUACAUCAAGAAAAAGUGGUUUCCAUGUAACUUUAUGCCUUUUUAGAGUCUCUUGUACUAAAGUUGAUUCUAAUAAAUAAUACAUGUGAGA